GAAGAGAGAGAUCAGUGCAAGCAGCCAGGUUUCAGACCAUGUUGGCCUCGGUAUCGGCAUCGGAAUCCGCCCCAGCGCCAGCGCUAGCGCACGUCGUCCCCGCUGACGCGCUGCCCCCCUUGCCACCACGCACGCUUCAUGGCGAUGCACCACUACCAUCAGCAAACGCAGAGACACUCGACGCGCACAGCGACAGCACUCUGCCAGACGUCCGUGCUCUCUCAACGCCCGCGCUUUCGGCGCUCGCUCAGCCGGCGCGCCUGUCUGACAGCACCGCCGCCCGCCGCAGCCACACAGUCGAAAACUGGGGAGGCACCUUUGUCGCGGCGCCGCACGUGCUCUGGUCGCCGACGCACGUCGCGCAAUGCCUGGCGAUCGUCGAGCUUGCGCGCAGGCGCAACAUAACCUCAGCUCCCGCCACACAUCAUGAUGAUGUUACUACUGCUCGCGCGCCUGCGGCGCCCGUCGAGCUCCGCGCCGUUGGACGCGCGCAUUCCCCCAGCGAUCUUAUGAUGGCCGGCGGCGACAGCGGCCGUGAGGGCUGGAUGGUACGUAUGGAUGGUCUCAGCGGUUGCGUGCAGAUCAACGCAGGUCAGCCGAGCAUCACGGUCCUUGCGGGCACGUAUGUUUCGGACAUGCACACGCUCCUCGCCGCCGCGAAACCCGUCCCCCUCGCCAUGACUAAUGUCGGCUCGAUCUCGGAGCAGACUAUCGGCGGACUCAUCUCCACCGCCACACACGGCUCCGGCAUCGCCUUCCCCGUCGUCUCAGCACAAGUGCUCGCGCUCGACGUCAUCACAUGCGGCGAAGCGGGUGGCGGCACGCAGCUACUGCACUGUAGCCGCACCGUGCGCCCCAAGCUUUUCAACGCGACGCUCUGCGGACUCGGUGCCACGGGCCUCAUCGUGCGCGUCAAGCUCGCCGUCGAGCCUGCGUUCCGCCUUCGCCAGCUCAGCGAGCAAGUCCGCUUCGACUUUCUCUUCGGCGCCGCGUCGCCGGCGCAAGGCGCCCCGCGCGCACACAGCAUCGGCGCACUCCUCGCGCACAGCGUCAGGCUCCCGCCACUCGCGGCCAUGCUGCCGCUGCGCGCACGAGCGCGUACACUCUCGGACCCGUCCAUCAUUUAUCCCUAUUCAUUUCCCGCUACUGCAGACGCACCGCACGCACAGGGCAAUUUGGUACGCACCUGUAUCGACGCGCGUGCGCAACGCCGCCUGCACGAAGUCGUGUGCAGCGCGCAGCACGUCCGCAUCAUGUGGUUCCCACAGCUGGGCAUGUGCACGCUCCUGCGCGCCGACCGCAUGCGGUAUGACGGCCCGCAGCCGCAUGCGCGCACGCCGAGUCCUCCACUCACUGAGCGGCUGCACACGCGCCUCAUCGCGCACGGUCUCACGGAGUUCCUGCUCUAUGCGGCGCGCUUCCGUCGCAGCUGGACACCCGCCGCUGUGCGCAUCAUCCACCGCCUAACGCAGCCGCAGGCAGUGCUUACGAUGACCCCGCGUGACUACCCGCCGCCUCUGCAGCCGCUGCACCCGGAGCACGUGUCGUCCACCAUGACGGGCAUCUCGCACACUAUCUACAACAUGGACUGCCUCUUCCCGCAGUAUACCAACGAGUGGGCCAUCCCAUUCGAGUUAUCUGCGCAUGCCAUCCGCGCACUGCGCGACUGGCUCGCCGAAGAGUCGCGCCUGGCAUCUGGUGAACAGGUCCACUUCCCCAUCGAGAUCCGUUUCGCAGCGCCGGACGGGAUUUGGCUGUCGCACUGUCAUGCGCGCCCGACCUGCUUCAUUGGCAUCGUCAUGUACCGCCCGUACAACGCUAAUGUGCGCUAUCGCGCCCUUUUCGCCAAGUUCGAGGCGCUCAUGCGCCACUACAAUGGCAGGCCCCACUGGGCAAAGGCCCACACUUGCGGACCCAUAGAGCUGCGCAUGCUCUACCCGCACUGGGACGACUUCCUCGCGCUCCGGCAGCAGGUGGACCCGCACAAUGUCUUUGUGAACCCGUACAUCCGCCGCCAUCUCCUAGGUGACAUCGGCCCCGGUACAGAGACGAGGGUGUUCAAGGCGAGGCUCUGA